AUGAGGUACAAAGCAGUAUUUCAAGAUGACAAUGGUCAUCUUCUUUUGGAAUAUUACUUUUUACAGCCCGCAUUUUGUCAGGCUCAAUACCAAAUAUGUGUCUCUUUGUUUGGCUAUACUCUGUCUGAUAUAUCAAGAAUGUAUCUCUAUUCAAAGACUACUGGUAUUGUCUUGAUAGUUCUGAAGAACAUGUUUAUAUCAAUUUUAUGUCAAGUCUUCUCCGUCUUUAUUUCUGCUAUUAAAGUAUGUAUUCCAUGUCUACUCCCGGAAGGCUUUAAAUUAUAUAUAGUGAGCAAGAAGUAUUAG